AUGGCGAGUAAGUGCGAAUUUUGGAUGAACGAAGUGAAGGUUCUUGAUCAUGUAAUAUCACAAGGAGGAGUGUUAGUGGACCCAUCUAAAGUUGAAGUAGACAUUAAUUGGGAAAGACCGAAGAAUGCUUCCGAGGAAGAGUUUCAUGAGUUGAAGGAAAUUCUAACAACUGCUCCUGUUUUAGUCCCCCCUAAUCCUAGUAAGUCUUAUGAAGUAUUUUGUGAUUCCGCUAAGAGAGGAUUAAGAGGGGUGUUAAUGCAGAGUGGUCAGGUUGUAGCCUAUGCCUAUCGUCAGUUAAAGCCUCAUGAAGAGAAUUAUCCGACUCAUGAUCUUGAACAUGCUACUGUUGUCUUUGCAUGGAAAGAUGGUGUGAUAAUGGGAAAUUUGAAUGUUAUUUCUAACCUAAGGGAAGAGAUCUGA